AACAUAAUCGAUCGUGACCAUUAUGUUAAUUUGCUACCAAAUUUCAGCUAACCAAUAUGCGGGGAUGCUGUUGCUAUGCAACACUGGCCUUCAUGGUCAGUUAUUAUGCAGAGCUGGCAGCACUAACGCUCAAGAGGUGGCGAAGAAAAUUACUGCCGGCGGUUUCCGACGCUAUAAUAUUAAAGGAAAUCGCUAUACCGAUCCGAGGACGAAAACACCAACAUGUCCAGUGAGACGAGCAGCGACGACAGUGGUAGCAGCACCUCCAGUGAGGAACUGAGGCGAAAACGUAAGCACAAGAAGGACAAGCAGUCAGUUAAAAAGUUGAAAAAAUCCAAGAAACACAAAAAGGAAAAACGGCAAAAAGAAAAGAAGCGUGCAAAGCAAAAGGAUCAGGAAGAGGAGAAGGAGCAACGGGUAGAAGCUUACUCGACGGCUCCACAGAAACUAAGCCCUGAGCCGAAUGAAGAGAGUUCAGAUGCCUUUGGUCCCGCGCUUCCGCCGCAUUUGCGCAAAGAAACGCCAGUUGCCAUGAUUGGACCCGUAAUGCCUACAGAAUUUCUCAAGCAAAAGACAGAUGAGACAACGUGCACUGCAAAUCCCUUAAAAACACAAGAUAUUGAUGAGGAUGAGGACGAAAUGGUAGACACAUUUGGGCCUUUGCCGCAUGCAACCCAAGUUGAGCUAGAGGAGCGUGCACUGACCCUCAAACUGGCUGCUUUAGAAGGUGGUGGCUUGGGAAGCAGCAAUGUGGAUCAGGAUGUGCGCGAAGAGUGGAUGUUGGAACUGCCAGAAGUGGGUCUGAAGAGUGGAUUGGCGGCUCUCAAUAAUAUGAAGCGCACCUUCUAUCAGGGUAAAGAGCGACCAGACUUUAGCGAUCGCUCGUCCUGGACAAAGACACCACAAAGUGCCGCAACCGCUGCUGUAGCAAAGCCUUGUACAUCCAAGGAUCUGGAACAGUCUGCGCAGGCAUUGUAUGAGCGGCAACGCGAUGCAGAGCAGGAGGCAAUGGCCAAGAAACACAAGAAGAAGCACAAACGUGAUGAAUCGCUUGUUCAACUGCACCAGAAAAAGCUGCGCAAGGAGCAACGGCAAAAGGAAAAAGAGCUGGCGGCUUCGGGCUCUAAGCCAGAGCGACGUCCCUUUAGUCGGGAUGUGGACUUAAAGCUGAACAAGAUUGACAAAAAUCAAACGAAGCAAAUUGUAGACAAGGCCAAGAUUUUAAACACCAAAUUCUCGAGCGGACAGGCCAAAUAUCUAUGAAGAGAAUCAAUCGAAUAAGUUAUAAGU